CAAAGGCUGAAGCUGCUCCCUUUGCCACAUUAUAACUAGUAGGGGAUCCUCACCGACCAUGGCCACAGCUGCCUCGAAUCCCUACAGCAUUCUCACUUCCAGCUCUCUAGUCCAUGCGGACUCUGCGGGCAUGCAGCAGGGGAGUCCUUUCCGAAACCCUCAGAAACUUCUCCAAAGUGAUUACUUGCAGGGAGUUCCUAGCAAUGGGCAUCCCCUCGGGCAUCAUUGGGUAACCAGUCUGAGCGAUGGAGGGCCAUGGUCCUCCACACUGGCCACCAGCCCCCUGGAACAGCAAGACGUGAAGCCUGCGCGCGAAGACCUACAGUUGGGUGCGAUCAUCCAUCAUCGCUCGCCGCAUGUCGCCCACCACUCUCCGCACACUAACCAUCCGAAUGCCUGGGGAGCGAGCCCGGCUCCGAAUCCGUCCAUUACGUCGAGCGGCCAGCCCCUUAAUGUGUAUUCCCAGCCUGGCUUCACGGUGAGCGGCAUGCUGGAGCACGGGGGGCUCACUCCACCGCCGGCUUCUGCCUCAGCUCAGGGCUUACACCCAGUGCUCCGGGAAGCCCCAGACCACGGCGACCUAGGCUCGCAUCACUGCCAGGACCAUUCGGACGAGGAGACACCAACCUCGGAUGAGUUGGAACAGUUUGCCAAACAGUUCAAACAAAGAAGAAUCAAGCUGGGCUUCACGCAGGCUGACGUGGGGCUGGCGCUGGGCACAUUGUAUGGCAACGUGUUUUCUCAAACCACCAUCUGCAGGUUCGAGGCCUUACAACUGAGCUUCAAGAACAUGUGCAAGCUGAAGCCACUGCUGAACAAGUGGCUGGAAGAGGCUGAUUCAUCCACAGGGAGCCCGACCAGCAUUGACAAGAUCGCGGCACAGGGUCGCAAGCGGAAGAAGAGAACCUCUAUCGAGGUGAGUGUCAAGGGCGUACUGGAGACGCAUUUCCUCAAGUGUCCGAAGCCUGCGGCGCAGGAGAUUUCCUCGCUGGCAGACAGCCUCCAGUUGGAGAAAGAAGUGGUGCGUGUCUGGUUCUGUAAUCGAAGACAGAAAGAGAAAAGAAUGACUCCACCAGGGGAUCAGCCGCCACAUGAGGUUUAUUCGCACACGCACACGGUGAAAACAGACACGUCCUGCCAUGAUCUCUGACUGCAGGAAGCCAGGAAGCGGCCAGCCGCACUGGGAGCAGCGCGGAUUUCUUUCUCUUCCACUCUCUUCCUUUAAUUCCAGCUUUAUUAUUGCUAUUUCUCUCUCUCUCUCUUGUUUGUUCUUUUUUUUUUUUUUCUCCUUCCCUCCUGUUUUUUUU